UUUUCAUGUUUGUGUUCAUGUCUUCUUUAAUUUGGAUGCUGUUGUGCCAUGGGAUUUCCCGUUCAUCCUAGAUUUUAAUUAUUUGCAAAACCUACUCUGAACUGUGCCUAAUACAGACAUUUUCCAUGGUUGAGCUGAGUUUUUUUCUUUCUGGAAACCUAAACAGCUUAUUACACGAGAAUUGUUAUUUUCACUUCCUCUGGUUUCUUAGCAACCAAACAUAGGUUUCAGUUUCUGCAUACAUCCAUUGAUUGAAGGCUAAGGUGGUUGACUGUUAAAAGACUCAAUUUUUUUUAGUAUGGUGGAUGACCUUGGGAAGAAAUUUGUUAUGUUGUAAAGUUAUGAUGUGUUUGUUCUAGAGAUACACACCUUCAGCGUGGCAUCUAGGCAUGGGAGAUAUGCAGAUCAUGCCUGGGUCUCGGCAUCGCCCUCCUAUGAAGAGGCCCAUGUGGAUCAUUGUCUUGGUAUCAUUGGUCAGCAUGCUGCUAAUUUGUGCUUAUGUUUAUCCACCACAGAGCCAUUCUGCCUGCUAUGUAUUUUCUUCUAGAGGUUGCAAGGCUUUUACUGAUUGGCUUCCACCUAUUCCUGCAAGGGAAUAUACAGAUGCAGAGAUUGCAUCUCGUGUUGUAAUUAAAGAAAUCUUGAGUAUGCCUCCUACUCAAUCAAGGAACCCGAAACUUGCUUUCAUGUUCUUAACUCGGGGUUCAUUACCUUUUGAGAUGUUGUGGGAUAAGUUCUUCCAUGGCCAUGAGGGCAGAUUUUCAGUGUAUGUGCAUGCCUCUAAGGAGAGGCCCAUACAUGUGAGCCGUUAUUUUGUCAAUCAAGACAUCCACAGUGAAAAGGUAAUAUGGGGAAAAAUUUCAAUGGUCGAUGCAGAGAAAAGGCUUUUGGCACAUGCUCUGAAAGACCCUGAUAAUCAGCAUUUUGUGUUACUUUCUGAUAGUUGUGUACCACUGUAUAGAUUUGAUCAUGUGUACAACUAUCUCAUGUACACAAAUAUAAGCUACGUUGACAGCUUUGAGGAUCCUGGUCCACAUGGAAAUGGCAGAUAUUCAGAACAUAUGUUACCGGAAAUUGAGAUGAGUGACUUUAGAAAGGGCGCACAGUGGUUUUCAAUGAAGCGGCAGCAUGCUUUGAUAGUUAUGGCUGACAAUCUUUACUACUCAAAAUUCAAGGAUUACUGUAAGCCAGGUCUUGAAGGGCGCAAUUGCAUUGCUGAUGAACACUACUUACCGACCUUUUUCCAUAUAAUUGAUCCAGGUGGCAUUGCAAACUGGUCAGUUACACAUGUUGACUGGUCUGAAGCAAAGUGGCAUCCAAAAUCAUACAGGGCUCAGGAUGUUAAUUAUGAGCUUCUGAAAAAUAUCACGUCCAUAGAUGUAAGUGUGCACGUUACGAGUGAUGAAAGGAAGGAACGGCAGGUGAGGCCUUGUCUAUGGAAUGGAAUGCGGCGGCCAUGCUACUUGUUUGCAAGGAAGUUCUACCCAGAAGCAGUAGAUAACUUGAUGUUUCUUUUCUCCAACUACCCGACUAUUUGAUUCUAAUUCUUUGGUCGGAUCAACACUUAGGCGUUCGCGUUCGACCCCCUGGCUCCAUCUCCAUUUCUGGUAUAGGUGACACUGUUGUAAAGUGCUGCAUUGCUUUCCUUGUCCUGGGGAGGAAGGGAACUGGCAGAGUAGGAGGCUAACAAUGUGUUAGUUUAGUGUUGAUUCCCUUGGGAUGGGAUGGGAUGGGAUGGGGUGGGGUGAUUUGUUGUCUAUUUUUUUGUCCUCCAUUUUGGGCUAUUUUGUUGAUGUUGAUCAACUGCUUCCCGAACAUAAAAUUUUGGAAUUUAUUCAAGUUAAUUUCAUGUUCAUCUUUGUAGAAGUUUGAAA